UCUUAAAAUUAACACACUUGGACUUUCUUGUAUUUUCAGCAGCUUAAAUCAGUGAACAGUCAUUUGUGGUCGGGCUGAAUCCAUUAUUUUAAUAAAAUGGCAGAAGAAGUACCGACUGCAAGCGUUCGUAAGAGAAAUUCGUCUGCAGUUGCAACGGAAAAUCCCGUUUCGUCAGUUUCGUCGUCAUCUCAAUCUCGACAACAAGAAGAGCAGAUUCCAGGAGAAAAUCAUGAGUUUCUACAACGUCACCGGUGUAGCUCGAUGGCAGAGUACUAUGAAAGACUCAGGAGGUGGCUUUUCAUGUACAGAUCACAUAUGUAUAUGCAACAACAUAUGAUGUUAAUGAUGCCAUACAUGACAUUUGCUUCAUUUCUCCAACAACAGCAGCAGCAACAUUCAGCGGGAACGGGAACGACAGCCAGCCAGACCUCUGGCGAAGUGACGCGCGAGCAACCCCUUAACAAUGCUAGACAGCAACAGCAGUUUGGAGGUCAAAUUCAUGGACAAAAUCAACAGAUACAAAAUGACAUACGGUUAGCCCAUGGUGUCCAAAAUCAACAGAAUGUAACCCAGGCUGGAAACAAUAUUCCUCAGAUUGCAGUCUUAGACUUUUCAGUGCCAUCAAUAUAUCGACGUGUCAUUGCAGAGGUGAUUGACUUCUUCCUCCUUUUCUCUGCAAAGUUAGGUUUGAUGUUGAUCAUCAUCGACUACCUUGGAAUCAGCAGUGAUACCACAGGUUUCAUGAUGCGAUUCUUGGUUGAAGAAAUUGAAGAGGACACAUCGUUGGAAGAACUUCAGCAGAUGCUUCUCUUUGCCUUCAUCUAUAGAAUCAUUGUCUGCAUUUAUGAGACCUUCUUUUUAUGCAGCAGUGUCAAUCGGAUUCUUGGUGGUGCUACUCCAGGCAAGUUCAUCAUGCGAUUGAGGGUAAUCUCGCUGGAGCAGGUCCAGUCAGCAGGUCCAGGACGGGUCCAGGUCACGUUACCUGACAGUGUUGGUUUUACGCAAGCUUUGCUGAGGUCGUUAGUGAAGAACUUCUCCAUGGCGUUCUUCUUUCCGGCAUGCAUCACCGUAUUUUUCAAUCCCCACUUCAGGGCUGCAUAUGAAGUGCUGACGAGGACCAUGGUUGUCGGCACUGAAAAUUGGCCUUUGACCUUCCAACAGAGGGGUCAGAAUCAAAGGGUCAUCAGAUGACAUGGUAUUAAUUGAUAUUUGUCUUUUUUUCCCAAAAUCAUUUGCUCUCUUGCUCUCUCCCUACUCAAUUUCGUCUCUCUCCCCU